GCGUCACGGAUCCUCUGCGCCGCGCCCGAGGUCAGCAAACAAGGACGGGCACCACCCAGCCUGCAGCCGGAGCCGGGCCUCGCAGCUCGGGUACUGCAGCUGAAACGACACGUCCCUUGGCCCACACCUGCCUCCGAGUCACGCUCUGCCCUGUGAGGUGCAGCAUUUGACAAGUCAUUCCCCAGCCCCCACGUGCCACGUCCCCAGCUUCGGAGUUUAACAGUCCUUAACUUUGAGACUCCCUCCCUUCUGUCUCCAUAAGACUUUUUUUUUUUUUAAAUUUACCCCAGUUGAUUUUCUCUCGUGUAAAAAUAAAUUUGGAGUUUCGGGAGCCAUGCAGAAAGAUUAAGACUCAGCCCCCGUUUGAUACAAAACAACUUCAUGCUCAUUAGAGUGUGGGAAGAGUGAACCCCAGCACACGCAGGAUACUAUGGCUGAACACGGGGCUCAUAUCACAACUGCUUCGGUGGUGGACGACCAGCCAUCCAUUUUUGAGGUGGUAGCACAGGACAGUUUAAUGACAGCAGUGAGACCCGCUCUUCACCAUGUGGUCAAGGUUCUUGCAGAAUCAAAUCCUGCGCACUAUGGCUUCUUCUGGAGGUGGUUUGAUGAAAUCUUCACUUUGCUAGACUUUCUGCUCCAGCAGCAUUAUCUUUCUAGAACCAGUGCCUCAUUUUCUGAACAUUUUUAUGGCUUAAAGCGAAUUGUAUCAGGGAGCUCAACACAGCCUCAGAGACCAGCCAGUGCUGGUCUUCCGAAGGAGCACCUUUGGAAAUCCACCAUAUUCCUUGUUCUUCUACCCUAUCUGAAAGUGAAGCUGGAGAAGCUAGCUUCCAGCUUGAGAGAAGAGGACGAAUACUCUAUUCACCCCCCUUCUUCUCACUGGAAACGAUUCUACAGAGCCUUCUUGGCGGCCUACCCGUUUGUUAAUAUGGCCUGGGAAGGCUGGUUUCUUAUACAACAACUUCGAUACAUCCUAGGAAAAGCUGAGCACCACUCUCCCCUGCUGAAAUUGGCUGGAGUUCGGCUAGGUCGACUGACAGCUCAGGACAUACAAGCUAUAGAGCAUAGACUGUCUGAAGCCAGUUCGACGCAGGACCCCGUCAGAAGCAUUGGUGAGAAGAUAAAGACGGCUCUGAAGAAGGCUGUGGGAGGUGUGGCUUUAUCCCUAUCCACUGGCCUUUCUGUGGGUGUCUUCUUCCUCCAGUUCCUUGAUUGGUGGUACUCUUCUGAGAACCAGGAAACCAUCAAAUCACUGACUGCUCUGCCUACCCCACCGCCACCUGUACACCUAGACUACAACUCUGACUCUCCCCUGCUGCCCAAAAUGAAGACAGUGUGCCCUCUGUGUCGUAAAACGCGGGUGAAUGACACGGUUCUUGCCACCUCUGGCUAUGUGUUCUGUUACCGCUGUGUGUUUAAUUAUGUGAGGAGUCACCAAGCCUGUCCCAUCACAGGCUAUCCAACAGAAGUCCAGCAUCUGAUUAAGCUCUACUCGCCAGAGAACUGAAAGAGAUUAGCAUAUUACCACAGCUCAAGUUCUAUGCUGUAAGGCCACAAGACUGCUGUAGUAUGGCAAACAACAUUGAUACUUCCCUAAUUCACAACUACAGUAAUUUUCAGUAACUGUAUGGAUUCCUUUAAAAGGAUAUAGUCACUUGAUCCUAACUUUUUGGUUUGCUCUCCACCAAGCUAGUUAAGCAGGAGAGUGGGGAUUACAGGUAGUGUGAGGGCCAGUGUGGAGGUGAAUUAAAGACCACUAACUGUUGCUUGUCCUCAAGAGUAGGGUUUUCAGCUGAAUGUGGUAGUAUAAUAUUUGCACUCAGACGAUGGGGGCAGGAUUUUGAGUUCAAAUCCAGCUUAGGCCACCAUAGGGAGCCUGUCAAAAAAAGAAAAUGAAAGUGAGACUAUGAUUAAGAGGGAUAAAAGCUCACAGGAAAACCCAGGUCAGACCUUAUACAACAGGUGGUUUGAGAAACAGGCCUUCUCUUUAAAAAAUAUUUCCUUACCUGUGAAAUAGAGGCUUUGUCAGACUGCAUACACUAUGUAAUGACUUCCUCUUUCUAGAAAUACUUAGGGACAUUUUAGAGAAACAACCCCUCCCAUAUACCAGACUUAUUAACGUCUGAUUAUGAAAUUAGCAAAUGCUAAUCUUCAGCAUUUGGAGAUUCCUUCAUGAGCUAUACCUGUCUCUCUUGGGAAACAGGAUAAAGAAAAAUAGGGUUUGUUUAUGGGGAAGAGCCUGGAAAUUUCAAUGUGAAUGAAAGCUCCAAGCAAUGGUGAGAUGCAGGAAAAUACUUAACUAAUGUUUACCAAAUGCUUAUCUAAUGAAUACUUAAUGAGGAGCAAAAGCUUUCUGCUCGUUCUCAUGAGUUCUCUCAAUUGACAAUUGGCUCAAUUAACAUGAAUCAUCCUGAAUAUUGUGAAAGUUUCUAUGAAACAUUCAAGUAAAUUUUAACAAUAAGUGAUUCUGGGAAUGAACUGUUUCAUGCUGGCAUGAUUAUGUGGAGACUCAAAAGAUUACUUCACGAGUUUAAAAUAAAUUUUCAGAUCACCUUUGA